AUUAAUCUUAAUGUGUUUUUUCAAUAAAAGUUUUUGAAAAGUUGUUCUCAUUGAAGGACUUGUAAUUUAGAUUGGUUUCUGAAAAGAAGGUUUUUUUCCGUCGGUUAAAUGUUGUGUAACUGCUAAGAGAAUGAGUUGUGAAUGUAUUGAAUUAAUAAAGAGCUCAUAAAAGACAUUCGCCUUAUGUUUUAAUUACAUUUUUUAAGUGAAUCAUGGCUAAUACAUUUUGAAAAUUAUGGAAUGUUUGAUUUCGUGCACUGUCAAUAUUUAGUAGCUAUGCAGUCAGGUAUCUAGUGAAGGUCGUGUCCCAUUAGUCAAAGUAUGUGGCGCAUCGUUAUACGUAAAAACCCAAAGUAACACUACAUUUCUAAUUACAGUGUUAAUUAGCUUCGGAAUGUUAUAAAACUGAUGUAAGACUCGUCCGACGUACCAUUGCUAUUCUGUGUUUCAAUUUAUUUGUAACAUAAAUAGUAGCUACGUUUUAUAGUUCUCUUAACGCGAAAAUGAAUUCGAACGUUGACUUUUUGUUGAGAGCAUUCGAAAAUGGUAUGUUUUCCAAUGAUGGAAUAGUAAAGGCAUACCAUCAGGUGUUAGACCUUAUAGUAAGUGGAGUGCGCCUUUCUACCGAAGACGUAGCUCGUUACAACGAUUUGAGAGCGGCAGCCCAAGCUAUCUAUCAAAGGGAUAAUAAUGAAACGCCUUCCACUGCUAGUGCUUCUGUGGACAACGAGGCGUCCGCCCGACACCCUCAACCUGUUACAGAAAACAUCGGCAGUGGCAUCGCCGUUAGGAGACCCCUGGACUCGGAGGAUUACAAGUAUUUAGAAAUUGUCAGCGAGGGUAGUCGUCUUAUCAAGAAGUAUAAUACGAUGUCGACGAAUCUCUUAUUCAAAUUUAAAAGUGAACAUAAACUCGAGGCACCGAUCGUAUGGCUGGAGUCCGCCUUAAAGGAGAUAAUCGAAAAGAUUACACGUAAUGUCAACCCUUCGGAUCGAAUUGGAAUGACAUUGAUCAGCGAAGAGACGCCAGACAAACCUGUGGGCUUUUCAUUUCGACGCGCCGAUCAGCUAAACGCUACAGUUAUGAUGGGUACGCUCGAAAAAAUUCUGGCCAGUAAUGUAAGUUUCUUCACACAUGACACUUUACGUUUGCGUGUAGAUCGCGUUAGUUUGCCCGUUGGUAAUGGAGGUCCGUCACGUUUGAAAAUGACGGGUACAACUUUUAACGAGUUUUGUCGUCGUAAGCGUGGCAUAAUUCAAAUAAACAAUGCAGAUAACUUAUGUUUAGCGAGGGCACUCGUUGUGUCGAUAGCCAUUGUUGAUAAUGAUCCGAGAGUCCGUAGCUUCAAAAAUGGUCAUCCCAUUGUUGAGCUGCGGGCUCUCGAAUUAUGCACCGACGCGGUGGUAGAUUUAAGCAAUGGCGGUACACUUGAACACAUACGUCAAUUUCAACAUCAUUUACUCGACUAUACCAUUGUUGUAUACAAUCAUCGGCAAGGUAAAACAGUUUAUUUUGAAGGGCCUCGUGAUCCCGCGCGUAAGGUUUUGAAUUUGCUUUUCGAGAAUAACCACUACAAUGUCAUAGAGAGCUUAACGGCUGCGUUUUCAGCAAAAUAGCGGGAAAAGGUCGUAAAGUUGUUGCUCUAGCACAUAAUGCGAAAAGUUACGACUGUCAGUUCAUACUGAAAGAAAUUCUCAAGUCCUCAGCUGCCUGGAAUCCACAACUAAUAUCUAACGGUACCAAGAUCAUGUCCCUCUCCUGCGAUAACAACAUUAAAUUCAUUGACAGUCUUAAUUUUCUUCCUAUGGCCCUGUCCAAGCUUCCGAAAACCUUCAACUUUACCGCAUCCAAAGGUUAUUUUCCACAUUUGUUUAAUACGUUGGCUAACCAAAAUUAUGAGGGUGUUUUACCAGCCAUGCACUAUUAUGGUCCUGAUGAAAUGUCCUCCGAAGCUCGCUCAGUCUUCCUAAGAUGAUACAACGAUGAAAUCGCACACAGUACUCAGUUUAACUUCCAAAACGAAUUGAUUCGUUAUUGUGUUCAGGACGUAACCAUACUUAGGAAGGCUUGUGUCGAGUUUUGGAAGAGAUUUACCAGUGAAAACGGUGUCGAUCCCUUUAGAGAAUGUUGUACAAUUGCGGGCGCGUGUAGUUUAGUAUUUCGUAGAAAUUUCUUGCAGGAGAACACUAUUGGACUUAUUCCAAAUGGCGGUUAUCGGAUGGCCGAUAAACAGUCGAGGAUUGCCAUUCAAUGGCUUCUCUGGCUGGAACAUUCGGAAGGUGUUCGUAUUCAGCACACUGUAAACUCGCGUGAAGUACGAUUAAGGGAGGGUAUCCUUGUCGAUGGCUUUUCACCCGAAACAAAUACCGUUUAUCAGUUUCACGGUUGUUAUUAUCACGGCUGUGAAAUGUGUUACAAAUAUCAGGUUCCUACUGAUAUGCGUGCACGACAAACGGUGUUUUUGCGUAGGGAGAAAACCGCCGCCACAUCGGCAAGGAUACGUUCUUUUAAUUAUGAGUUGAAAGAAAUUUGGGAAUGUGAAUUCAGAUCAUUUUUAAAGCAAAAUCCGAUUGCUAGAGCAUUUGUUAGCUCACCCGAAGUGCUGAAUCAGACACCUCUGAAUCCCCGCGAUAGUUUUUUCGGUGGUCGUACCAAUGCGGUCAAGUUACACUUCAAGACUGAGAACGAGAAUACGUAAAUCAGAUAUUUGGACGUUUGCUCACUUUACCCUUUUAUUAACAAGUACUCAAAAUACGCCAUUCGUCACCCGAAGGUAUAUGUCUCAGACGACUGUCGCACCCUCGACUUGCACACCAUCGAGGGUUUGGUAAAGUGUAGCAUACUGCCACCGUCUGAUUUGUACCAUCCCGUUCUACCCUUGAAAAUGCACGGUAAAUUUAAUGUUCGUGUUGUGUAGAACCUGUGCUGAGAAUCAAACUCAGCAUGAUUGCACACAUACACAAGACGAACGUAAGUUUACCGGAACUUACGUUGCGGACGAGCUUCGCAAAGCUAUGGAGAUGGGUUACACGGUCUUAGAAGUCUUUGAGGUGUGGGAAUAUGAGGUUAGCCACUACGACAAAGAGAGUAGGAGUGAUGGGCUGUUUUCGAGUUACGUCGAUAACUUUUUGAAAAUAAAGCAAGAGAGUAGUGGCUGGCCUUCUUGGUGCGCGGACGAUACGUCGAAGGAGCGCUACCUUCGCGAAUAUUUGGAAAGGGAGGGUAUCCGUCUGGAUUGGGACAAAAUUUGCGCUAAUCCUGGUCUUAGAUACAUAGCAAAAUUAUUUUUAAAUUCAUUUUGGGGAAAGUUCGGGCAGCCGGAAAAUUUAACACAAACAUCAAUUAUUUCGGAACAGAAGAAUUUUUCAAAAUUAUGGUCGAUCCUUCGAAGGAGGUACAGUCUCUCUUGCUAGUUAGCGACGAUGUCAUUUGUGUAAACUGGCUUAGACCCGAAGAUGGCGUCGAACCUCUCACAACUGUCAAUGUCGUAUUAGCUGCCUAUACUACCGCAAAUGCUUGACUUGUACUGUAUAGCUACUUGGAGAAGCUUGGUCAGCGGGUACUGUACUUUGAUACAGAUUCGAUUAUUUUUACGCAAAGACCGGGCGAGUGGGUUCCACCAGUUGGUGAUUUUCUUGGCGACAUGACCGACGAGAUGGAAGCAUACGGACCCGGUAGCCGUAUAGUCGAAUUCGUGAGCGGCGGCCGCAAGAAUUAUGCGUAUAAGGUGUUUUCGACGGACAAGAACAAAUACAUCACCGUAUGUAAGGCCAAGGGUAUCACACUUGCGAAUUCUCAAAUCAUCAACUUUGAUUCGCUGAAAGAGUUGGUUUUGAAUAAUGCCGAGCCCUUGUACGCGCACACGGAUCGCAAAAUUGAUCGGACCGCAACUCACGAUGUUGUAUCGAAGUCAGAGUCCAAGAUUUACCAGGUUCAAUACAAUAAACGGCGCCGACUGGACGGCUGUUAUGACACCCUCUCGUAUGGUUACGCUGCGCGUGCAUCGUGACUUACAGAUUGCCCGUUCUGUUUUCCACUUUGCACACAUGACGUAACCUACUAAAUUGAUCUUUUAAUCCCAGUGUUUAUUGUUAUAAUUAUUAUUAUUCUUAUUAGGUACGAUUGUGACCCCGUGUGGUUUUAUUAUUUAUCUUUCAUAAACUUUCAUAAAUUUUACUACCGGUGAUUUUAUACAGACAUUAUAUACCUAGUUGUUUAAGGUGAUUGAUUGAAAUUGUACGUACUAAAUGUUUAAGUUGUGUCAAUGCAUUCGCUUAAAUCAUGAACCUUCGUAAGUUCUAUCUAAACAUAAGUUCGUUCUGUGUUGCGAAAUUUGAUAUAUUACCACGCUUACGAUGUUAAAUCACAUCAAAGUUAUAGGGAGGUUCAGUUAAAAACUAUACAUUCACUAAAUCCGAACAGUGGGUGCGAUUCUACACACAAUAGUAAAAUGUCUAAGGAAAAAACUUACAUUAUAUAGCAGCAAGGUGUACCUACCUAUAACCACCUACUUGAGAAGGCACCAUAAUAUCUGUAUUACAAUACAAAUAGAUCAUAUUGUUUCUAACACUAACGUCUGGAAUCCUUCUUGUGUUGUCUUCCUAUGGUCAAAUGAUGGCCUCUAUCAGCUCAAAUAUUUUAUUGUUUAUUGAAAUGUAACUAUACAAAAACAAGUGUAAUAUAAAUACUUAAUUAUUUCAUCGUUUUGAA